CUUGCAACCGCCAGCUCAGCACACCGCAGCGCUCUGUGCCGCCGCUUCGCUCGCUGCCUGAAUGCCCAGGGUGUCAUGUCCAGCCCGCCAGGAUGGACGCCGGCCGUCGUGACGAGGAGGAUCGUCUCGGCACCACUGCCGCCGCUGCUGUGAACGCCCAUCACUUCGACCCCCCAGACGGCCACAGCCAGCACCACUACCACCUCCAGCAUCGCCACCAGUACCGCGACGACAACCCCAGCGACCCGUCAUACGCGACUCACGCCUCCGCAUAUCUCGACAGCAACCACAACUCCCGCACCUCUCACCACCACGAGUACACUCCUUAUGCCGCCGACAACUUUGCAGCCUUUGCGGGCAACUCUUCUCUCGGACAGCCGCCGGCCGAUCUGAACCCCGACGACUACUACAGGAGCGUCCAGCACUUCGACGACACCACCGACUUUGCCGAUUCGGAUUAUGACGAUCCCAUGGCCUCAGCACUUCCCGCUCCCAGACACCCAGCUGGAGCUCCACGGUCCAGUCGACACAGCGCGACGCCAACAAAGGUCAACGGCCCACCCUCAGCAAGCCGCCCGACGCCAAAGACUGGUUUUCGUUCGGUAUCAGCUCCCGCUGACGAAAAGGCGCUUGCGGCGUCUCGAGCCAGAGCCGCAGCGGCGACCGCGGGUGGCCACAAGCCAAGCGUCAAAGACCUCAAGAAGAAGUUCGACCAGGAUACAGCGCAAAGUACCCCCGGCAGUUCCCGAAGGACGGCGCCUCGAGCUUCCUCACGGGGACCAGCGACGCCUUCGUCGUCCUUCCGUAGCAUAGGCAGCUCACCAGUCGGCGGCUCCUACGCUGCUCUCAGGUCCUCAGUCACGAGUCACGAUCUCGAUACACCGCAGUCAUCCACUAGGUCUACCCAAAGAGCCAGAGCCGUCACGGAAGAUAACAUCUCAAGUAAUCCUCAGUCGUUCGCUAGCCGAGUCCAUAAGCCACGGGCGUCCCGAGAGAGCAACUCUUCGCUGCCUUCCACCACCAGGUCGCGUUCCCGCCCUCCUUCACCUGGACGUCUGUCUUCCCCCAAACAACCUCGCGCCCUUCUUUUUGGCGAAGUCGUUCCCGGACACGUCGAUAUCGGGAACGCAGGAUACGGCAUCGAAGGGUUUCAGCAGUCCAGUUUCCACGACUCAAAGGGCCAGAACCCCAAGUCACAUGUUAGGAGCUUAUCCCAAUCAGAAGCGGAGCCGCAGUCACCUUCAGACUGGUAUCGCGACACGGAUUCCGCUAUGGAACACCAGGAGAACAAGGACCCCCAUUUGCAGUCUACACUAGGGAAAACGCACACACGAGCGCUUAGCGACGAGCCGUACAAGAAAGCCAAUGUUUCGCGGUCCAAGCCCUCGCAAACGUCACGACAUCCACCCACGUCCUCCCGUCUGCCAAUUGCGGUCAAGAACAACCUUAGCGCAUCCAGUAGUUCUGCGAGCCCACCCUCAUCGCGAGCCAACUCUCCAGCUUUUGCUCGACGCCAAACCCAGGCACAGGGCAAGAAUCCUGGCGCAGUGUCAUCAUCGUCCAGCAAGAGCAAUACGUCGGGUGGUGGUACAACCUCAAGAAGAGGGAACCCGACGAUCCCAUCCAUGCCCAGCUCGAACAAUAACAACAGGUUAAAUGCUUUCAUCGCUGCUCCGCCACCAAAGUUGUCCCCGCCCUUACGGAGCUCUCGGCCUCGGCAGCCAGUCUCGACUGCCUCCACCGCCAGCUCACGCUUGCGAGCUGCCGAGAUCCAGCGUGCAAAAUCACCAUCAAGAGCUGAUCCGAAGGCUAACGCAAAGGCGCUUGAGCACGGCACAAGGCGCAGGAAGAUCUCAAUGGGUCCAAUCGAUUUCGAGUCGCGUCGGGAGCAAAUCAAAUUAUCAUACUCCAAGUCGAUCAAGGAGACCGAGGCGCGCGCAGCCGCGCGUCGACUAGCUGAAGGGAAGAAGAAAGAGAAGCUUCUCGCCGAAGCAGAAGCCGAGAGAACUGCCCGAGCGAAUGAGCAGCAGCUCGAAGGCAACAGAGUAGAAGAAGCCACCACGACCAAUCUCGAGCAAGCUGUUGAAGCCGUCAGCAGCGGGGCGAGUGCGCACAAUGACACACAUGCAGUUCAACAGCCCAUACUCACAAUCACAACGGACAUGAGGGCCGAUCUUCCUGCGCUUCCAUCCAGACUUCAACAAGACACGUUAGGACAGACACCAGAAUUAGAGCUCCCCGGGACUUUCCCCUCACUAGCGACACCACCAAUAGAUCGGGACGAGGCGCCUCCAUCGGCUAUAUCUGACACGACAGAGUUUGACAAUGAGCCACAAACCGAUCCACCGGUCGCGGUCCUACCAUCUAGAUCCGAUCCGAACUUGGAUGCUGAUCUAGAGCGCCUUCCUGUCUUGCCGCACUUCAGGAGUGAAUACCGUUCUCCAUUCGACGAUGACUCGCCCAGCAGUGAGCGGAUGUCCAUAAAGAUCACGUUGGAAGAUGUGAUAGAUCCGGUUCACUCCUCCGUCGCCCCGACUCCGACAGACACGGAAUUUGAUCUGGACCAGAACAUUGGAGACUCCUGCGACGAUGACGAUGACGAAUAUGUCCCACGGCCACUGGUCUCCGGUCCCUCUCAGACCACAGUCACAAUCAUUGGACGCAACACGGACUUUUCUCCUCCUGGUUCCGCGUCUGCUAGUCAGCAUUUGUUAACACCAAAUGCUCACCCACAAGAAACCGGACUUGGCCUGCAGAACAUCGACUCGAGUAAAUUCGGAUUGCUUGCGCAGAGUCCUGAUCCGUAUUAUCACGAUGAUCAGAGCGCUGGUCUGAACAAACUGGAGGGGUACUUCGUAGGCCCGCAGCUUGGCGUUGGUCCGCAAGAGACGAGCGGUUCAAUCGACGAGAGUGAACCAGCUCGCCAUGCCGAGAGCGCACGGGAUCCGUUACAGAUCGUCUCCAGCUCGCAGCACAUGGAUAUUGUCACAGCACUCCGGCCCGACCGUAGCCCGAACCCUGCGGAGAGUCCCCGUACCACAAAUCGAUCAAGUCAAGCCAGUAAUUGGGCGGACUAUUCCGUUCACAGCCGCAGGACACAAUCGAGCCAUUUGGACAAGCAUAGCCAUCCGGAGCUGCAAUCCAUCAUCGUCCAGCGUGAAGCGAGCCUUCUCUCUGAUACAGUUCUGCCGUCGAGGACGACGCCCUUUGACGAAACGUCACAUGAUACCUCUCGCAGCUCAAAUGCUUCACCACGCGAUACGUCUCAGGGUUUCGCCUACGACCCAGAACAGACAUCUCAGCUUCCUCACCUGGACACGGGCGCUUCCUUCGUCGUCCAUUACGACGGCACCAAAAGUGCUGCGGAUCUGUCUGACCAAACUCCUGGUCAAUUUCAGGCUCGCGCGCCGCCCAGUGGCAGCACGUUCAGGGACGGUGCGGCGUCAGCGCCGCCCAGUGAGUAUUAUCCCGACACGCGACCAAGUAGCUAUGCGCAUGUCACCAAAGAUGAUCAGAGCGAGGUUUCGCUCGAGAGACAAAGACCAGGCAGCGAAGUCUUCACUGCCUCCGAAUCCGCCGCUCGCUCCACUGACCAGGUUUCGGUCGCCACCUCUGAGGGUCCCCCAACCGGCACGACGCCGCCUGACGGACGAGGUUCCAUGCCAGAAAUCACAAAUUCAGCAGAUGCGGAUUCAUUGGAUCCCAAGGAAAAGAAGAGGCUGUUCACGCGACUUCAGACCAUUAAAGAGCUCAUUGACACGGAAGCGUUCUUCAUUAGAGAUAUGAACAUCGUCGAAGAGAUCUACAAGGGCACCGCUGAAGCCUGUCCCCAACUAGACGAUAACACUAUCAAGUUGAUUUUCCGGAACACAGAUGAGAUCAUCGCUUUCCACAGCAGGUUCUUGGCAGAGUUGAAGGAGGGCGUUGUCAGCGUCUACGUCCCUCGGAGCCACCGCAACAAAUCCAGAGGAUCACCUCUGCUGUCUGAUGGCACUGCUCAUUCAGGAACAUCAACCGCUGCAACAGCCGAGCUUAGCGACGAGAAAGAUCGCCUUACAUCCCUGGGGCCAAUCUUCACACGCAACAUGGAAGCGAUGAAAGCGGCACACGAGACUUUCCUGAAGAACAGUGACCAUGCUGCGAAGCGCCUCAUACAGAUUCAGGAAGAUCCCACCGUCAAAGUGUGGCUCAAUGAAUGCAACGAGGUUGCACGAGAUCUCACUAAAGCAUGGAACUUGGAUUCCCUGCUCAUCAAACCUAUGCAGAGAAUUACGAAGUACCCAAAUCUCCUCAUUCAGCUCCUGGGCGAGACUCCCGCCGACCACUUGGAUCGCCCCGCUCUUUUGGCAGCCAAGGAGCAGCUUGAAACCGCAAUCGAAGAGAUCAACAAGACGAAGAAGAAUUUUGAGCUUGUUGGUCAAAUUGUUGGAAGAAAGCGGAAGGACUCAGACGUCCGCGCUGGCUUCGCGAGAGCAUUUGGCAAAAGAGUUGACAAGCUGCAGCCCGCGUCAAGCCGGCCCGAGGAGGACGCCGACUACAACAAAUAUCAUGAGAAGUUUGGUGAUGACUAUCUGCGCUUGCAGGUCGUGCUGCGGGAUGUCGAGUACUACACGAGACAAGUUUCGGAGUAUGUGCACAUAUUCUUGCAGUUUCUGUCCUCCAUGGAGCUUGUCAUGAGACUGCAGCCCUCUCCGCAUCCCGAGAUCGAGAGCAAAUGGGUGCGCUUCAACGUGUCCAUGAGGGACAUUGAGAAGGUCGCGCUAGCCCAGCACCUGUCUCAAGUCCGGAAGCUUGUCAUUGAGCCGUUCGAGCAUGUGAUCAAAUCUUAUGGCAACCCCUCUCUUGCUAUGAAAAAGCGCUCGAAGCGGAGGCUUGACUACGAGAAGUCCAUUCAGCUGAAGAAAAAUGGCAAGAAGAUCGACAAACAAACGGCUGAUGGCGCCGAACAAUAUGAGGCACUCAACGAGACCUUGAAGAAGGAACUGCCGAAGCUCUCUGCCCUGACGGAGAAGGUGGGGAACAUUUGUCUUGGAAAUCUGAUCAACAUUCAGACGCAGUGGUAUUCGAUCUGGAAGGACAAGGUCAAGAUGGUGCUUGAUGAUGAGGCGACGCCUGAAAUUGCAGACAUCAUCACAACUUUCACUCGUGACUACCAAUUCCAGGAGGAACAGAUCAACGCCAUCGGUAUCGUUAAUCCUGCGUCUAAGGGGCGGCCUUCACAGUCAGCAAGCACCGAUGAUUCCGUAUACAGACUGCAUCCCAGACCUUCGGACCUGUCUCCGCGUGGUCGCGGUCUGUCUCUCAACAGCGACACGGUACCGAGUCUACCUACGCCAGACUUUAUGAAGCGACACAGCGGGCAAUUCACCGUUUCGCCCACCGCCGUUACUCUACCAAGCCCCAGUCAUCAAUACUACCGGGACUUUUACGCUGGGGUAGCCGCCACUCGACCUACAUUACAGGCCUCUGCCAUGGUCUCAGAAGGAUCUCAAGGUAGCCGCUCGAUGACUGCACCUGCACGUCCUGGUACUGGUCACAGCCAGGAUUCUUCUACGAUGCCGCGGCAAAGCACAGAUUCUAGCGUGCAGGUGAGAAGCUCGACAACAUCAAUGCAGCCAUCACCAUACCUCUCUUCAGAAAACCAUCGAUUCUCAGGCCUUUUCCAAUCUGCGCUACCUCCUUCAGACCGGCAAGACCGGACAGGACUGCCCCGGCCAUCUGGAGCGUCCUCGCGUGCAUCCUCCCGGGAGCGAGAACCCAUCAAUGGGUACAAUGUCCUUUGGCUCGCCGCCUCACUUUUUGAGUUCAACAUUGAAACGACCAAGACGGAAGCUGGAUACCCGUAUCUGACGUACCAAGCUGGAGAGAUAUUCGAUGUGAUAGCCGAGAAAGGAGAGUUGUGGCUGGCCAAGAACCAAGACGAUCCGACAAACGUCGUUGGUUGGUUAUGGUCUAAGCACUUUGCCAAACUGGCCGACGACUGAACCAGUGUCCCGGCCGCAACGAGUGUUGUCGAGGAUGGGACUGCUCACCAUGACCAGUUUUGAACGCAUUACCGCAGGGAAGAAUUGGCACUUUCUGAUCCGGCAAGGUGCGUCCAAGCUGUCUCACGAACGGAAAACGAAACCACGACGCAUGACGAACCUCAGCCCUUACGAAUGGCGAGGAGCUUAUCUACUUUGUUUCCUGUCUGCAGAAGAUUCCCCUUGUCUGCA